CGAGUGUCAUUGGAAGGUUGCAGAUUCGAUCUGAACUGGUGGGAUAAGUCUCGGUCGGUCAUCAUGACCACAGUGGACCAGCUGGACAAGCACUGAGCCCGAUCCAGCUGGAAGAGCCUACACCAAUACACUCUUAUCUGCAGGGCUGUGAUUUGGAUAUGAAUGGGAAGGUGAACACUGCUGCUGAGAAGAUCACUCACUACAAAAGAGCCAAUAUGGUGUCAGACCUGUCUCCAGAAGCCCAGCCUUACACCCGGAUGUCUCGUACUCCCAGAAAGGCGGCUACAUUUGGGAAGCGCUCCAACUCUAUGCGCAGGAAUCCCAAAGCAGAGGUCACCAAACAGGGAUGGCUGUACAAGCAGGCCAGCAGUGGAGUGAAGCAGUGGAACAAGAGGUGGUUUGUCCUCACUGACAGAUGUCUCUUCUACUACAAAGAUGAGAAGGAGGACUCAGUGUUAGGGAGCUUGCCGCUGCUCAGUUUCCGGAUCGGAGGAGUGGAGCCUUCGGAUAACAUCACCCGCAGGUUUGCCUUUAAGGUGUGGCUGGAGGAGGAGGGUGAGGGUGGGGAGUUGAAGGGUUCAGUUGUGUUUUGCAUGCAGGCGGAGCACGCUGGGACCAGGACGUACUACUUCAGCACAGACAGCCAUGAGGAGCAGGAAGAGUGGAUCACAGCCAUGAGCGAGGCUGCAGAGUUCAACAUGCAGCCAACAAAGAGAACAAACUCGGACACCACAGCUGAUCCUAGCCACACUAUGGUGACCAAGGCACCUGACCCACAACAGCAUCCACACACACAAACACACAAUGAAACUGACGGUGACCUGCCCACCCACCCUAAAGUUAAUGGGGUCAACAGCCUUGAGACACUACCACCAUCUACUCCCCGCUCUGAUCAGGAGGGAAAAAAGAAUGACAGAGGGCGAGGAGAAGGUGGAGGAGAAAUUGAAGAUGAAAGGGAAGGAACCGGUCAUCAUCACGCCCCUCACCUAAAUCACCAUCCAAAUGGUUGGGGCAGCUACAGCCCUUCCAAUAUUAUGCCGCACAACAGCAAUAGCAAACACCCUCUGUCCAGGAGUCACAGUGGACAUCAUCCUGCUCAGGGAAACCCAGAGGGGGGUGUCGGCCCAUUGCACGACCCCAGGGAGCAGCAGGAGAAUGUAGUGCUGAGGAGGGGCUUUGUGCCCAGGACAGCUCCAGAGAGGGUAGCCCAGAGAAAGAGCUCCAUGGCCCAGCUGCAGCAGUGGGUCAACCAGCGGCGGGGCAUGGCCUCCCAAGAGGACAUCAACAGCCCAUCUCGUUAUUACCCAGUGAACCGAGUUGUCUCAGCUGACUACUAUGGCUACCCCGGUGGGCCCCGGUAUGUGGAGGAAUACCCCCUGUACGCACCAGGGGUCCGACCUGACAGCAUCUGCUCUGUAUCUGCUGUGGGGGGAUACGAUCGACGCUGGAAUGUCGAGGAGAAGCGUCACUCACUGAGGGACGGACCUCAUCAGCUGUAUGGAUCCCCGAUGCCCAGGGACCCAUGGGGGCCACAAUACUAUGGUGGAAUGGAAACAUCCAUGAGGCGCCUGUCCAUCCAGCCACGCUCCAGGUCUGUGCCCAGGUCACCAUCCUCAUCAUCGGGGGGGCCCUACUCACCGGUACCACCCAACUUUGCUUCGCCGGCUCGAUCACUAUCAGCCCGCUUUGAUCGUUUUCCAGGUAGGAUGAGGGACGACAUGAUCUACGCUGAUCCAUCGGUCUACAGCCUGAGGAGAUCUCUCAGCUCACCGAAGUAUGACUACCCUGGUGAUAGGAGGUCCUUAAGCCAAGGAUUAUACCACCAUAGCUACCCUGUAUCCCCUUCCAUCCACAAUAAAAUGGUGCCUCCUUUCCAUGAUGUCUACAGCAGAGAAUUACAUCCCACACUGAAACUCAAUGAGAUUGAAACCAGUAAACUCUUGGGUCGACUGUGUGAGCAGAGCCGAAUUUUGAAAGACCAUGAGGCUGUUGUCCACAGACUAAGAAUGGACAAGGACAGCCUAGAGGAGGCGCUGGUGGCAACUCAUCAGGAGAUGGAGCUGUACCAUAACCAGCCAUUGGCCAUGGAAAAGCUGCAGUUCAAAAAGGAAACCCUGCAGAACCAGCUCAUCAACAUCAGAGGGGAGCUCUCCCAGGCCUCUAGUGCUUUAACCACCACUCGUAUGGAGUUUGAAGCAUUAGAGGAUGAGGCCAACGCCAUCCAUGGAGAUCUGUGGGAGCAGCUUAAUGCAGGAGGGCAGAGUGAACUGGUUCGUAGGCACAUCCAGAAAGAGUUUUGGAGAGUCCAGGAUGUAUUAGAGGGACUGCACAAGAACAACUCAUCCAGAGGCACCGACACAGCCAAGCACAGAGUGGCCAGCGGUGCAUCAGGCUCCUUUAGCACCAAUAGUCCUGCCAGUCCCCUGAGCUCAGUAAGCCUCACCAGCCCACUCAGCCCCUUCUCCCCAGUGCCCGGCUCCCAGGCCUCCCCCACCAAACAGCUGGGCCCGGAGGAAAGUGUUCCCCCAAGGCCUCCCCUGCCCAAGGCCUAUUACCCUUUGGAGCCCUCCCCUACCUCCCCACCCUCCAUCCCCCCCCUGCCCUUUGACAGCACCGCCUGGCUACGCAGCUUGGGCAUCGAUGAUGGUCACCUUGAUAGUGAAGAUUCUCACAUCAGAAAGCCCAGGUUUGGAGAGCAGAACAAUAUAAUUGACAUGCAGGACCAGGUCCAGGACAGACAAUCCAGCAUGAAUAAAGUUGGAAUUGUUCCUCCAAGAACCAAAUCCCCCACAGACGAAUCAUACAGCAGCUCUGCUGGAGUUUCCCGGCAUAAUGGCAGAGUGCUUAAUGGAAUGUCUAGGGAGCGUCCAAAGAGCGCUGUGUUUCCUGCAGAGAUGAAGUUGAAGAUGAGUGUAGAGGAGCAGAAUGAGCGAAUCCGUCGCAACCAAAGCAGCUCUGUGAGGGACAAGAGGCGGAGUCUAAACCUCUCAGGUGGCCAGUCUCCAGCCAACUACAAAGUGGUGCGUAGGCGGCUGACAGCUCACGAGAUCGACAUUAAGGACCUGGAGACAGCGGUUCGAGGCCAGGGGCAGGAGUCGCCACGGGAAGAAAUCGCCCGCCUGAGGCGGUUACAGGUUGAACCAGAGCAAUACGACCUGGACGUCAGCAAAGAGCUGAUGACUCCUGACAAGGUACUGAUCCCAGAGCGAUACCUGGAUGUUGAGGAUAACACUCCUCUGAGCCCCGAGGAACAAAAGGAGAAGCAGAAGAAAUUGGAGCGAAUCAAGACCCUCAUUGCCAAAUCAAAUUUGCAGAACAUGGUUCCUCUGCUGGACGGCCCCGUAGAGGGUGGAGCGCCAGUCAGCUCCCAGCAGCAGCUGCAGGAGCAGGAGAAGCGUAUCGAGAUCUCCUGUGCUCUGGCUGCUGAGGCUUCUCGUCGCAGUCGCAUUCUCUCGGCCCAGUGCGCCCCCAGUCCCCACACCUCCCCGACCAGCCUGGCCCCUCCCCCUUCCUCUGCUGACUUCCCCAACUCUGCCCACAUCAUGAAGGUGUGAGUCUUACAAGCUCAAGCCCUGGCUGCUGUCAAGUUUGAUGGAGCAUCUUUCUGAGGAUUCACUGGACAACCUGAACAAUGAGGAUGGCCCAAGACAAAUGAAUUUUUUUUUUAGUUUUUUUUUUAGCACCUACAACAAAAUCCCGGAAAUCUGUCGAAGGAGGUAUCUAGGAGGCAAGAGCAAAUUUAAAACCCAAACGGAAGUUAUAAAGACUUGUAAGCUCAGUCCCCUAAGCUCCACCUCAUCCGACCCACGACAGCCUCUCACUGUGUGUGUCUGUCCAGUGGCACAAAGGAAGGCUGCAGAUUUAUUACCAGCUUCAAAUUGUAUAAUAUUUCUAUAUAAUUUAGCUCAGGACAUGUUCUAUAAAGUACAGAUUACUGAUGAACUACAUUGAUGAUGAGAUGUUUUACACUCAUAAUGACAAAAAGAACUAAGGUUUGCUGUUGAUCAGUUCUAAAGGGAGCGCUUCACACAAAAGGCCCAUGCUGAAGAUGAACAAGGAAAAGAGCUGCAGAAAUAAAGAGAUAAAGAGUUUGGGAUGAGGCCAGAGGAACAGCACUUGCGGUCGACUAGGAGACAAGAGUCUCACUAAAACCUACAAUGAGGCUAUGAACAUGCUUCUGGGCACUAAAAGCAAAAAGAGGAUGUUCAUUAUCAUCUAAUUUCUGUAUCAACCUUCAGAACCACCAGUGGCUUGUGUCUCAGUGACAGACUGAGGGUAUGUAUACUGACAUAUUCUGAGCGAAACAGGAGGCCUCUCUUCCGCUGUAAAAAUCUGAGGACUCUCUUUCUGAACUCACUGUGAUGACUGUUUCACCCAGACCUCCGUCCCCUACACUACUUCCAUCCUAUCAAGCUCGUCUACUUUCAAUUACACUCAUAUGCAACCUUUAGCAUUCCGUACGUUUGACUGGGUCAAACGUAAUGUCUCCUGGAUUAUCUUUCACUUAAGUGCAUCACCCAUCUUUCACACCAAGCAGGCAAGAGAACAGUGUGUGUUGCUAAACAGAGCCGAAGAUGAAGAGCAUUACGUAAACCGUGAGCCAUCACACAAAGCUGCUAACAAGGACACCUUGUCCUACUUCAGAACCCGAGCAUUGCAUAUACAAAACACAACAUUCAUUUUCUAAACGUGGAUCCUCAACCUCUCUCAUAUUUGCUGUCCUUCUUGAGAUUUUUUUGACUCAAGUUCUGGUAAAGUCAGAGAGUAAAGUCCCUGAUAUACUCCAAAAAGAAGAGUCCUGUACAUACUACAUUGGGUGUUUGAGUGUGCAGAUGUGGUGCAGUUGGCAUGCUUGUAGGCAGAUGGUAGUCUGUGUGGUCACAAAUUUUGGAUGGCAUACUGAGGGGAUUGUCUAAGACAUGUAAAGCUGAUGAAAUUUACACAGGUACCUUAGUGGCUACGUGGAAAGUGUAAUCUAGGUUAUACUCUAUUCUACAUUGAAACACAAAGCCUCAUAGCCUCCACCUGCUGUCGGUGCUGCAGUGGAAUUUUUCAGAGAGCUCAGCAUAUUUAGAGACCAAGAUUCUAUUCAGGUCAACUUCAGCCACUAAACCUGGAGGAAAAUCAAGGCAGUGUGCACAGCUAGGACUUGCUCUGGAAAUAAUAACCGUGCUCUGUGCUGUGUUGACUUCACUCUCUGGUGUGGAAGCCCAGUCAGAUUGUUCAAGAUGAAAUCCCUAACUUCCUUUCGUUGCAAUAAAGACAUAUUGUCUCACCUGCAUGGUGGAGUAUUGUAGACACAGUGGCAGGACUCACUGUCUGUAUGGUUCUGUUCAGUCUGAAGUGUUCAGCCCAGAGCUGUCACACAGGAAAUGAAAUGUUUUCCCUCACUGUUGUGGGUCAAACAUUCCAAUAAAGAGCCUAACACCAGCAGUGGACUAGCGGUGGAUUAUAUACUUCGCUAUGUAUAUCGUAUGUAUGCAUAUUUCACCUUUUACAAUAGUUGAUUCACAGAAACAGUAGGCAUUGACACAAUCUUCUGACCCAGAUGUCAAGAAGCAUCUAUCUGAGAGGACAACAACAACGCCUGAAAGGAGAGACAGAAAUUGCUCAAAGAUCAGGGUGAGUCUGAGUCCAGAAGCCUUUUUCCGGCUGAAUCCACUUUUUUUCAGCAUGUGCUCUUGGCAACAGUAUGCUUAAAGUGCAGUUAGGUUUUGGCAACGAGUACCCCUAAUCAUUAGACAAAGAUGGUGAUCAUCUGGUGGUUAGAGAAUGAAAAUGUUAGCACAGGCUACCAGGAAUGAGAUGAGACCCCUGACCUCCACACCCUUCCUGUACACGGCUCUUUGUGAACCCUCCAUUUCUCAACUGUUUUGACUGAGAAUAUUGGCAAGGAUUAUAAAGCUCUAAUCCAGAACAAUUGCAUAUGAAUGUAAUUUAUCUGAGACCAAGUUGCAUCCCGAAAUGUUACCAUGACCUCACCUGCAGCCACUGUUUGCAACUCCUGCUUUUGCAAUUAGCAUCAAAUUCAGUGGACUUCAUCAUAAUGCUCAAGAUAUUACCCCAAUGAUUGUCUAUACAUAUAUAGGUAAAGUAUGUUUGAUAUGCCUUUAUAGAUGGUAAACUGUAUGUUGGAAGUGAAAAUAGAAGUGACCUUAGAAAAGUAACUCUGAUAGGAAAACAAGUGUCAAGUGUUCAAGAGGAGUUAGUUAAUGAUGCAGUCAUUUGAGAGGAAUUAUACACUGGGAGAAAAAAAUGUCAUGUAACAUAUCCCAAUAACAUUUCAUCCAAUCAUGCAGUGCCAUAAGUCUGAAACUUGUCAGUGUGUUUUAUGUGUUGUGAUGAUUGGAUAUAUUAAGGAGAUGACUUACAAAGGAGUUUGAAUCUGGAGGAACCGCAAUGACUGAUGGUACCAAUGUUUGAAAAUUUCAAAAUCUACACAUAGUGGCUUUAAGUGGAACUCCAAAAUGGCCAAUAUUCAAUAAUGUAUUUGGAAAUAAAUGUAGUAUUUAAUCAUGAAUGAAUUAAAUAAUACGUUUGUUUCACAAUUUAAUUUUAAAUACAUCAAAAUGUGAAAUAACUGAAAAAAAAAAAAUCAAAACACAGCUCAUGUUACUUACUUCAUAGUAACACUGUUCUUUAAUGGAAUUCAUUUUUAUUUCAUAUUAGUCCAUUUUUCACCACCACACCCAAACUUUCUUUUACAAAAGUCUGUUUCUGUUCAUUUGACAAUGGCACCUUAAUUUUAUGUCAUACUGUAUGUCUGUAUUUUAAGCCACUGAUUAAACAGAAUAAGUAUGUGGCUGCAUGGGUGGGGAGCUGUAACUGCUAUCUGCUGAUAUUUCAUUAGUGUCUGUUGCACAUAAAAAGGUCCUCAGAUGUAACAAAUCCUACAAAGUCAUGCUGCUCUGUUUUAUAAAAAAGCCACUGUUCCAAAGUAAUACGUCGUUCUCAGAGGAUAAAAACACACAGUCUUGGGGGAUUUUUCUAGUUUCGCCCAUGGCUCUUCAAUGCAACUUCCUCCUGAUUUGAACUCUGUGACCACACACACACAGACACACACACACACACACACACACACACACACACACACACACACACACACACACACACACACACACUUGUCUUACGUCAGGUGUGAGGACACUCAUUGACAUAAUGCAAUCUCCGUACCCUAACCUUAACCCAAACGUGAUUCUAAGCUGAACACUAAAACCAGGGAUUAAACCUCAAACAGUCCUUUGAAGUUUUGAGGACUGUAUAAAAUGUCCUCCCUCCGUAAGGUCUAUAACUCACCCACACACACACACACACACACACACACACACACACAC